CGCGUGCCCGACCCGACAACGAGGCGGCAAUGUGAAAUUACGCUUCACAAAAAAACCAAAUGGAUGGGUUGCGGAGCAUCGAUGAAUGGUCGGUGAUAGUUUCAAAACGGGCGCGCUUCCAGUUGGUUGUCGCAGUUUGAACGGUUCGGUUGAUUCUUUGACAAAAUUUGGUGAAGUGCAUGAAAUUAGUUCAAAGAAUGCUUCUGUUUGUUUGCGAAGUGACUACGAGGUGAAUGAAAGGUAGCGAACGAAAGUUAAUUCAAUUAGGAUUGAAUUACACCGGCUCGCGUCCAGCUUGAGACGGUUUUCGGAACUGGUGACGUAUCUGAAGACGAUUAACUACCCGAAGUGUUGUGUGUUACGUUGUUGUUGGAGAGCAUUACAAUGUUCAAUAAUAUGAAGUGGUUGUUGAUUUUGGCGAUGCAGAUGUUGAGUGGAGGUGGACUGUUGGCGCUUCAGGAUUCGUCCAACGAGAAUCGCGCAUCUUCAUCGCAGCAGUACUGCACCGAUUUAAAUCCACAAACUGGGCUGGACGUCGAUCAAAUCAUGGGCCUCUGGUACGGCAGCGAGGUGAUCACUCACAUCGGUAGCGAGGAAGGCGAAUCGAUCUACGACACUUGCGUGGUGAUUCACCUAUCUGAUAUAUCCAAUUCGACAUCGUCCAGUGAAAGUCCACUGCGGGACAAUGGACCGGAAGUUCGAUUCGGCACAACGUACGGCUACCCGGGUGAUAGAAGCCAAGGUCGCUACGAUGCGGACGGGAAUCGACGCUACCAGACACAACAGCAGCAGCAACAGCAACAACAUCAAUAUCAGUACAACUACCGACAGCAGACAACCUUCCGCUAUCUGCGGCUGAUUUGGGACGAAAAGGACCACACGUUGGAGUACACCCUCCGAUUCAACUCCACGCGGCCCGGAUUUUGGAUUUCAUCGGCCCCGCAGUCCGGAUCGAUGAUCCAGUUGCCGUAUGUGCAGUUUACGGGGACGGUUCAGGUGCUGAAGGCCAUCAACAACCAGCUGGUGCUGACAUUCUGCCAGAGUGUUCCUGGGGGACAACUUUUCUCGGUGGUGCUUACGAGACAGCCUAUGGGACUUUCACCUGAGGAAAAUCAAAGCAUUCGGAAUUUCCUGCGACGAAAGCACCUCUCGACCACUUCAAUGAGAAAAGUUUGUUUCAGCGCAGCAACCAAUCGAGCCUCGUUAGGAAUGGCCACAAGCGUCCUAACUGUUCUCUUGCUGUUAGUUUUCGCGAAAAACAAUUAAAGUAUCACGUCAAGAUUAUCCUUACUUCUCAAUCCCUCCAUUUCCAAAGAGCUAACAAUGCCUAUUUAUUUAAUGGUCAGGACUGCUGCGAUUCAGUUUAUUUUAGUCAUAGGUUUUUGAGUAAUUGUGUUAUUUAAAAAAACAGGAGAAAGUUGAAUCUAAAUUCUAAGUGUGCUGUGCAGAUCAUUACAUUUAUAUUUAUGUAGUAUUUAGUACCUAUCUAUAACGCAAAAAUCCGAACGCAUAUAGCUGGUAAGAUGCUUUUUACUUUUCGAUCGAAUUCAUCUGUGUCAUAAUCGGAGCCAUUAGUUGGAGUCGUAAAAACAAUUAAACAAACGAUAAAAACUAUGUAAGAAACAUAAAUAAAAAGUCGUUCCGUGAACUACUCA